CUGAAGAGCAAAGGAGAGAGCUCCAAACACAGAAGCUGCACCUCCUGUUGCUGGUGGUACCCUCAGGUUCUCAAGUGCCCCCCCGGGGAGGGCAGAGCAGGUAGUCUCUGUGGGUGGGAUCCUGGCUGGUUGUGCUUUGUGAGGACAGAUGCUGCAGACACUACAGAAGGGAGAAUCCAAGCAGCUGCUGCUGGAGUGUGGGAUUUGCUGAGGAUGUGUUUGUUUAGCAGAUCCCAGGCUGCUGGGAGGGGGGAGCCAGGAACCGAGGGCUCUGCUGAUUGUUGUGUCCACCCCACGCUGGCGUCCUCCACCUCUGCUCUCCUCCUUCAGACCGUCUGUCGCCUGUGUGCUGCGUGGGGCACUUGAUGGGGUCUUAAAUCUCCCUUCGGCCUCCUUCCCACUUCUAAUUUUGGUGAUUCUUUCAUCCCAGGCCAUCCUCCAGCCACGGAUUUACAGAAAACCAGACCAGACGAAGCAUCCAAAGAGCUCCUGCUGGGCACUGUUUGUGUCUUCGUGUUGAAGGUUCAACCCUGCAGCCGAACUUCCUCUCCUCAUCCCAAAGGUUGUUUUGCACGGUGGAGACCUGGAGUUCGGCUUCAUCGUAGGCUCACAGAAGCAUUUGGGUUGGAAAAGACCUUUUUAAGGUCAUCAUGGCAACCGCUGUCACCGAGAGGCUCAGCCGCCUCUUCAUCAACGUGCGGCAGGUCCCUCAGCUGCUGGCUCCUCUCUCGCCCUCCACCGUCAGCAGCUCGGAGGUGCCAAAGGUCUUCUGGAAGCCUUACAUCCACUCUGGCUACCGGCCCGUGCAGCAGACCUGGCGUUACUACUUCUCCACGCUCUUCCAGCAGCACAACGAAGCCAUCAACGUCUGGACCCAUCUGGUGGCAGCGCUGAUCCUGCUGCUGCGCUUCCAGCAGCUCUCGCGGCGGGUGGAGUUUGGGCAGGACCUGCACGCCCAGCCCCUCCUCAUCAUCCUCGUGGCAUCCAUCACCUACCUGACCUUCAGCACCCUGGCUCACCUUCUGCAGGCCAAGUCUGAGUUCUGGCACUACAGCUUCUUCUUCAUGGACUACGUGGGGGUGGCCAUUUACCAGUACGGCAGUGCUCUGGGGCACUACUACUAUGCCAUCGAGCCCAGCUGGCACGAGAGGGUCAAGGGCUUUUACAUGCCGGUGGCAGUCCUGCUGGCCUGGCUGUCCUGUGCUGGCUCCUGCUACGCCAAGUACCAGUACCACCAGUCUGCUCGCCUCCUGAGCCUGCUCUUCCAGGAGCUGCCCUCCGGCCUGGCCUACCUGCUGGACAUCAGCCCCGUGGUGCACCGCAUCUACACCGCGCCGCCCUCGGGGCACGCCGACCCGGCCCUUCUCUACCACAAGUGCCAGGUGCUCUUCUUCCUCAUCGGUGCCUUUUUCUUCUCAUACCCCUACCCUGAGAAGUGGUUCCCUGGCAGGUGCCACUUCUUUGGGCAGAGCCAUCAGAUCUUCCACGUGUGCCUGGUGCUGUGCACCCUGGCGCAGAUCGAGGCGGUGGUGCUGGACUACGAGUCCAGGCGGCAGAUCUAUGGUGCCCUGCAGGGCGAUCUGGCACACAACUUCUCUGCCCUCUGCCUCUUCACUGUCACCUGCUCUGUUCUCACAGCUGCUUACAUGGCCAGGAAGGUGAAGAACAAGCUGAGCUUCAAAGAAGAGUAAGGUCCCCGAGGGAGAAGCUGGAGAGCUCAUCCGCGUGGUCCGUCUGCAGGCAGCUGCGGCAGUGCUGGCAUCCCUCCGGCCACAGGCUCUGAGGAGAGGAAGGGAACUGCUCCCGAAGCGUACCCAGCAGUGUUCUCGGUGCGGGGGGGCAGGGGGGAGCUGCUCUCGGUGCUUUUCUGCACUCAGAAUUAGUUCCAGCUUGCUCUUAAAGCGAUGCUCUGGCUUACUGCUCACGUCUGAAUAAACAGUUGGAACAAAACGUUGUCAGUUCUGCAGCCCUGUACCCCGGGGAGGGUCCUUGGAAGCUACCAGCUGUCUCCCAGCAAAAGGUAAGGAGAUGCCAUCUGGCCCCCUGCUAGUGCUGGCAGAAUGUAACCCCCCAAAAGGGACUGAGCUGAGCUUGUGUAAGCCACAGACAAGGCUGGAAAAUUUAUUUCACAUCCUUCCAGGUCUCUUUUAUGUGGUUUGAGGAGUGGUACAGAGCUUAGGUGCCCAGGCAGUGACAGGGCUUGGGGUGCCAGUAAGUGCAGCAAGAGAAGAGACAGGGCAGGGCUGGAGUGGAUUUGAUGGAGGCUGAGCUCCAGGGCAGCAGCUGGGACCUCUGCACCCUCCGGGGAGGAGCAGGCCCUGGGCUGCUGGUGCAGUGGCGGAGCAAAGGCAGGGCAGGAAACAGCUGCAGCGGGUACAGAUAAGGUGUGGGAGCUGAGGAGGGCUCAGGGCUUGAGCUGUGCUCAGCAAAGGGCUGGGGGUAGGAGAGCACCGCGCACCCCCGGGGCUGCGGCAGCGCCUGCCUCCCACCCAGCUCCGCAGGCGCUGGGCUCCUUCUCUCCGUCUCCCACCAGCCGACCCCCUUCUGCGGCUCGGGGGCCGGUCCCGGCCGUAAGGGGCGCUCAGCCCCCCCCGGCUGCCGCUGCCCGAGCGGCCGCGCCCCGGCCUCAGAGAGACAGCGGCGCCGGGCGGGCGGGGCUGCGCCUGCCACUCAUCCAGCCCCGCCGCUCUGAUUGGUCCGUCCGCUAGGAGCGCGCGCGGGGCCCGGUGGGACCCGGAGCGGCCCCGGAGGGAGCAGUUGGGACCUGCCCUUCGCUUCCCUCCUCUUCCUCGGGCCCUGCCCGCUCCUUCCCCGGGUCCCGGCGGCAGCGGGGAGCGGAUCCGGUCCUUCUCCGGGCCCGCGGAAGCGGGAGGCAGGCCGGAGCGCGCCCGGUGCCGGGGAUGAAGCGCAGACGCCGAGGCGGCAGCGCGGCCCCAGCGGCCGGGGCGUGCGAUGUGUGGCUGGACACGGCGGAGCUGAAGCGGAGCCCGGUGCAGCCUCUGCUGGUCAAGCCAAAAGUGUCCAGUCGAGUUCUGGAUUGGAGGCUCCUCUCAGUCCCCUUCACCCAGCCCGCAGCACCUCAGGCACGCAGCAAGCAAACCACCAUCUCCUCCUUCUUCUGCACACAGACAGAUGAACAAGACAAAGAAAACUCCAGGCCACCUCCUUCCAUCGUGGCUGAGGACUGCGAAGUAAAAGGUACUUCUUCAGCUGCCUCCCCCGCGAAGGUCCUGCCUUUGCCGCAGGUGGAGGAGGCUCAGAAGCCAUCCCGCAGGGCUGAGGGGGUGCAGGCUCCACCCCGGCGCCGGGCACCGACAGCAGCAGCCUCAGCAGCUCCCGUGUCAGGAGCAGAGUGCCACAGCGUGAGCAAAGCCUCCUGCGCGGUGGGAGAGGCUGCAGCAACCCCCUUCAGCGUCGCCCAGGACUCGGAGGGCAACCAGGUCAUGGCUCACAGGCACGACUCAGGUUUGUUUACCGCGGAGCUGGCUGCAGGAGGGGGCAGCAGAACUUCAGGCUGCAGGAUCGACAGAGGAGGGGAGGAGCUGAGCACCAGGCUCGACUGGCAGCCCGGGCUCGGUGCAAGCCAGAGUCAGGAACACCACCAGCUGAGGAGCAUUCAUUCUUUGAUUGAUUUGGCUGAGGCGGAGAACAUAAACCCUGCUGUGAGGAGAGGCAGGAGCUGUGCUGCUGAGCUUUACUCCUCUCCGGGAGCAGGCAGAGCAGAGCUCCUGAGGGAGCGCAGCAGCAACGCCGAGGAGGGACAGGGCAGCAAGGCAGCACCGAGCAGCCCCUGCAGGGACUUGUUCACGCAGGACUCCGAGGGCAACAGAGUCAUCUCCCACCGCUGCUGGAGUGUCCCAGCCCCUCCUGGGGCCCCCCGCAGCUCCCUGCCCAGCUCAUCCUGUAAGGGCCGUUCCAGUGAUGCUGCCAAGAGGAGCUUGAGCAAACUGGGGGAGGACUGGGCAGACCUGUGCCAUGAUUUACUGUUCACCCAGGAUUCCCAAGGGAACAGGGUGAUUAAACACUGAGUGCCCUCGCAUGGCUCACCCAUGGGCUGGCUCAGCUGAUGAACUUAUAAACCCUCGGGAAAGUGUUUCUUGGUGAGAGUGGCCAGCACUGGGUGAGGGCACCCUGGUGGUGGUGCAGGGCCCCAUACCCCGGGCAGGACCUCUUUGUUCUCUGAAGUUUUGCUUCAAUAAAAAUGCAGUGCUGAA